AUGUUCCCGUCAGCACCACCCUUUCGACCACUCCUCACACUCCUUUCACCACCAUCACCAUCCUCUGAGAUCAAAGGUUUAUUUGUGAAUCAUUCCCGAAUGCCAUGCUUUCACUUUGAUAUUUCCCGAUUAUUAUUAUCCUUUCUCAUCGUACCCAUCAUCGUAUGGAUGAUUUCUUCCAUGAUUCAUCCUUCCCAUGCCAAACCUUUAUUGUCUUCCAUGUCGUCGUCGUUGUCAUCAUCGAUUCGAAUCCAUCCAAUCAUGAUGAAAUUCAGGAGUUUUUCAACACCAUCAUCAUUCUCCAAUCCAACCACCAAUUGUUCUUCCUUCCAUCACAUUUCUUUCACUCUUCCAAUUCCCUUUCUUUAUUGGUCGAGAUCAGAUUUCAACACUCGAUCAUCGAGUAAAUUUUUCGAAAAGUCUUGUCUCAUUGAAAGAGAGACAAGAUUGACAUCGAGUUGGUCUUCUUCCUUCUCCUCAUUAGUCGCAUCAUCGUCAACUACAAGUUGGACCUUGAAUGAUUAUUUGAAUCAUGAUGAUGAAUCUGAAAAGCAACAACAAGAAGGAGGAGGAGUGGUGAAUUUUCACAUAGUGGAUGAGUUUACCAUGUUUAAAAUAUUCAAUGAAACCUUUUCGAAACAUUCCUCUCAAAAUUCGAGUCUCAUGGAUUUUCAAUUAAUUGCACAAGUGACACGUAAGAGUGAUCUCUUCUUGAUGAGUCGAAAGGAAAAGAAUAUUACCAAUUAUUUGCAAUUGAAAGAUAGAACCAUUGCUGUGUGUGAAGAACAUGUGGCACAUUUGAAUUUUGAAUUAUUGAGAAAUGGACUUUCCUUGUCGAAAAGUGACGUGAUAUUGAAAAUUGUCUCCAACAAUGACAUGUCUUUGAAAGUUCUCGAUGAUUCGAUUGAUGCAUAUUUUGUGAAUGACAUGUACAUUUUUACAAGUGUUCGAAAAACUCCCACUUCUCUCUAUUAUCCAAGAGAGUUUAAUAUCAUUCCAACAUCUUUCUCAAUUUCAAAUUAUAAUUAUUCAUCAGAGAUUGCUCCUCUCUUACCAAAACAAGAAAUAUUUCGAUAUGGAAUUCUUGUUCGAAACAAUCCAAAGAUGGAGUCUUCCAAAUUUGAAUCGAUUGUGAAACGAUUUUUAAUUUCACAAAUUGAAAUGUAUGCCUUCUGUAGGGAGAAUCCAAGUGAAUGUUUUGAAAAAUGGCUUAUUUAUGAUUACAUGAUUGACAAUGUCAAUGCCAUGAUUUGGCCAUCAAUCAAUGGAUUUGGUGUCAUUAAUGCCUCUCAACUCGAUACUUCGAUGAACAUUUUUUCAUAUGAUUUUCCAGAAUUAGCAAAUAGGAACUCCACUUUUAGAAGAACAUUUAUUGAAAAAUUUGUGAAUAGUACCUAUAUCAAUCAAAUCUAUCAAGAUGGAUGUUAUGUCGUUGAAAAUUUCACCACGACUUCCAACAAGUGUCAGUUUUCAAGCAUGACCACCUUUUCUCUUAAUGUCACUGCUCUUCAAUAUCAACCUAUAAUUCCUCAAUUUUGUGAAGAUUUUGUCUUUCCAUAUCCUCUCUCCUGUUUGAGAGGUUAUUUAUAUUAUAGACUCUAUUGUGGUUUCAUUCCAUUUAUUAUUGGAGCAGCAGUUAAUGUUUUGUGUAUUUUUGGAAUUCCAUUUGUUUGUACAGAACUCAUAUUUCGAAAUCGAUUCAUUGCUCCCUAUGUAACUCCAAUUAGUUUUACUGGAUUUUUAAUUUUCUCUGCCAUUGUGUUUUGUCGAUUUGUGACAUUUCCAGAACAUGUUGCGUAUGGAAUGGCGAGUUUUUGUAUAUGCGUGGUGAUUGUGACACAUGCGAUGAAUAUUAUUCGAUAUUUCUAUGUUCGAAAUUUAUUUAAGAUUAUGAAAAAGAGUAAGAAACAACAAGAUCAAGGACGAGGAUUUGGAUCCAUGACCACCUCGAAUAUGACCAAUUCACAAUCGAUUUUUGACAUUUCGACAAGAAAAAUUCGAAUUCACAGAAUUGUUUCCUCUCGUCCAGUUUUUGUCACUGUUUGGCUCAUUUUGGUGUGCAUUUUACCUCCUUCCUUUUUCGUCGCUCAGUAUUUCUCACCUUCCAAUUAUAUUAUUCGAAACGGAAUUCUACUCAUUUUGUACUUUGUGGUCACUUUAUUUAUGGUUUUGUGUUUCAUCUUUGAUGCUAUUAUUAACAGAAAGAAGUUGAGAAAGAGAGGAUUUAUUUCGUUUUUAGUUUUUGAUGAUCCGCUCUUGUAUCGAAUGGAAUUAAUGUUGUGCUCUUUGGAAUUAAUUUCCAUUGUGUGGGCUUCGUUGAGUGAUUAUUAUGUGUAUAAUGUGGCUUCUUUUACAAGUCAGGCAAUUGCAUUUACCUUAAUGGGAGUCACAGGUUCCUUAACUUGGUCCUAUGGAUUUUCGAUCGCUGUGUUAAUAUACAGAAAACUGAAAAGAAAGCUGAACACUGCAGUUGGACGUAACAGAGGUUCCAGUGUCAUGUCAGCAAUUUCUGACACUUCUGCUGUCAGCUCUACCAAUUCUGCCAAACACGAUCAUUUAGAAAAAUUGAUGAAAAAUGACGAUUUUUAUUCACUAUUAGAAGAUUAUUGCAAGAAGGAAUUUUCUUCUGAAAAUUUGUAUCUCUAUACAAAAUUACUUCAAAUGAAAAAAAGGAAGAAAUAUUCCCUCAAUGAGCUUCUCUUCAUUUAUGAAAAUUACAUCAAGAAUUAUGCUCCAUAUGAGGUCAAUGUUUCAUUCAACACUAAAAAAGCCAUUCGUGAAACACUAGAAGCUCACCAUGUCCUUCUCCCUCGUCAAUCCAAAGAUUUAACACAAUCGAAAUUUGAUCCUUCCAUAGAAGAUCCUCAACGUUACAACACAUUCGAUCAUGCACUGGACCACCAAGGCACAUCUAACACACCGUAUCGCUCUUUCGACGGCUUUGAAUCAACAAUGACCACUACACCAAAUGCUUCUGAAAGAAGACCAACAAUUGGAAGUGCCUAUACUCCCUCUCCACCUAAAACCUUCUCUUUAGGUGCCGGUUUUAAGAAUAGUUUUAGAAAAUUGGGUUACACUUCAUCCAUGUUGGACGAAGAAAUGGAACCCAAUUUCAAUCAUUUGGUGGGAAUGGAUGAUGUGGAGUUGUCACCUUCAUUGGACAAUCAAACAGGCAAUAAUGUAAUCUUUUUAAAUUUUGAAACAAUUGAACCAUUGUUUAAUGAUGUCACACAGAACAUUAUGGAUACAUUUAGUCGAUUAUGUGACACGACAGAAUAUCAGCAAUGGGAAUCAUUGAAUCGUAUGACAACCUUUGGAACUGAAGUUCGUUUUUAA